UAAAACAUGCGUUGAUUUGAUAUUCUGGUUGUUCAUGGCUAUUAUAUAUUUUAGUGCUGUUUCUUAACCAUUAUCGAAAAUUAUUCACGUGUUUUAAUAUAUGCUUAAUAAUUUGUACAAAGCUUGUUUGUUGGGACGAAAUCUACCAACAACCACCAUAAAACGAUUACGCUAUUGUUGUCGAAACAAAUCCUGAGCAAAGAUGACUGGUUUUCCAUUCUUACCAAUUUUCUGAUUUUUUCCCUCAACAAUCUGGAGUACUGAUUGGAAAAGACUGUAUUGAUACAAAAUGGGAAUUAUUUUUAAAGCUUUUAAAACUUGACUGACCAACAAAUAUACCACAAAAAAAAUUUCAGCUCGCUUCUAUUGUUAUUAAUUCUUAAAUCUCUUGAAUUUUCCUCGUUCUCGAAUCAUUUUUUUAAAUAAUAGUAAAAAAAACAACACGCGAUAGAACAGGUCAAUUAUAAAUUCUGAAAUAAAGCAAAAAUUAUAAAAAUUUGAACAUCUAAUAUUGUUUUAUAAAUCAGUUGACUAUUUCUUACGAGUAUUAUCAUCCAUGUCCGCGGCCCAGUCAACGCGUAGAGCACAGUCAGCCGGGGGGACUUCGUUGACCCUAAUUUCGGCAAUCAAAAAAGGUCACUUCCACGUCAUACGGGACUUAGUGGACCGGGGCUGCAACGUGAACGAACGGGACCCGACCGAGAAUCGAACCCCUCUCAUGUUAUGCGCAGUGGUUGAAGACGAAAAGUGGGCGCUAUCAGUUGCCAGACUUCUAAUCGAAAACGGUGCCAAAAUCUGGCUAACCGACAAAACGGGUAAAAAUGCGCUUAUGACUGCUUGUUUGAACGAACGGCAGUCUUUGAUCGAAGUUUUGUUGCAAAGUCUUGACUUCAACCUAAAUGCGCAGGAUAAGUUUGGGUGCACCGUGUUGCAUCAUUCGGGAUUAUGCGGAAACAUCGAAAUUUGUAAAAUAAUCCUAAAUAGACUGCUAAGAUACGAUUUGCCGAUUUUAGUUCCAAAUAAGGAAAACAAAACGCCGGUUGAUUGUGCUUUGGAGCUCGGUUACUUUGAAUGUGCGGAACUAAUUUCGGAAGAUACCAAAAUCCAAAAGCGAAAUUGGGAAUCGAAAAGACGCGAAAUGGAGCGAAAACGCGCCGAAGAUCGGGAAAAGUUUUUGAAACAGUUUCAAAAGAUUUCAACUGCAAGUGUUAUUGGUACAGCUGAACAAAAUAACGAACAUUUCAUGAACAAAAAUCCGGUUUUGGAAACGGUAAACGAAGGUGGAAGUACGAAUGCUGUUGCGAGUUAUGUUGAUGCGGUCGAAAUUCCAGUAAUCGAUCAGUCGGCUAAUGGAACUGUGAACGAGGCUCAGUUCAAGCCAAUGCUACGUCACGCGCUCGACCAAUUAGUCGAACAGGACGAAGAGCCGAAAUUGGAUGACAUCAUUUAUACUGACUACCCUGAUAAAGUCGAUUCGCCCAAAGGUGCUCAGAGUAUCAGUCGACCGAAAACGUCAAAUAGUCGAAAAUACAGUCCUGGAAGGUUUGAAGCUAAACCUAAACUAAGCUCAACUCCUCGAAUUAGAUCCGCAAAUAACCAUCAGGUUAAUUUGAAUACUACUACUAGCAUCAAUAACCAAACUAGCAUUUCGGUAACUUCGGUUUUGAAACAAACUCGCGACCGAGACAUGACGGCAAAGCGACAGGAAAUCCGACGAGCAGUGAGUGCUCUGCCGAACAGAAAACGAGUUCGCGAGUCUAAGAUCAGUUUCCAGUCGCGCAAGUCGGGCGAGAUCCUUCUGAACAGACCUCGGACUGCUCUAGGAACAAGUGUCAUCCUGAACAAGGAUCAAAUUGUCUACACUUCCUUCGUCCGGCCACUUUUCGAGGUAUAUCGCGAACACUUGACCGAUGCAUUCAGACCGAGUGUAGCUGCAAUACAACAUGCACACGAGGAGAGACUGCGCAUCAAGCUUGAGGGUUUGGAGGGGGCGGAGGGGGGCAAGAGGGACCAUAUGAUGGGGGGACCAGUCGGGGGUGGGGGCAGGGACUCAGUCGACUCCGCCCGGAAAAUGAAGGGAAAGAAGAAACUAUCUCAUCCAUCACCUGUCGCAAAGCGCAAAUAACGCAGUUUUGCAUUUAACCCGGACACAUUGAACACAUCUUGGUUAAACUUAUGCACCUGAAUUUCAGUUAAAUUUUGAAUACUAAAUAAAGUUUCAAAUUGUAAAACGCGUAAUGAUAUCCUUUCUCAAAUUAGCGGUUUGUCGUUCAAGUUUAACCGUAACAAAUCAAUGACAAUUUAAACAUUGUGUCA